CUGAAGGCAAGAUGGGCCACCAGCAGCUGUACUGGAGUCACCCGCGAACAUUCGGCCAGGGUUCCCGCUCUUGCCGCGUCUGCUCGAACCGCCACGGUCUGAUCCGGAAGUGCGGGCUGAACAUGUGCCGGCGGUGUUUCCGCCAGUGCGCAAAGGACAUCGGCUCCAUAAAGUUGGACUAAGCGGCCUUCCUAGAAUGGAAUAUUCCAAGAUCAUCCAGUGAAAGAUCAUGCUAGUUCUUUGUACAUAAAUAAAUUUUGAAACCUUCAAAAAAAAA